AUGCCACAGAAACCACUCAAAUGGGGUGUGAAAGCUUGGGUUUUAGCAGAUUCACAACAAAGUUAUAUCCAGUAUGUGGACAUUUAUCCAGGACGAAAUGCAAUCCCCCAGACACACCUUGGUAGCAGUGUUGUAAAGAGAUGCCUGGAAAAUUCAAAUUUAGUUGGUAAAGGGUACCAUCUUUAUACAGAUAAUUUUUUCACCAGUCCUGAGUUGUUUGCUAAUCUGUUUGAAAACUUUGGUACCUAUGCCUGUGGUACAGUAAGAUACAAUCGUAGAGGGUUACCUAAGGACAUAAUGUGUAAAAAACCUUCUGGUAUCAACCUCCGUGGAGACAUGAAAUUCAGGCAGAAGGGAUUUUUAGUUGCUUCCGUUUGGCGUGACAAAAAAAAUGUGUACACUGUUUCAACAAUCCAUGACCAUUCAACUUCACAACUAAAAAGGCUCGUCAAUAAUGAUGGAACUUUCACUAGACAAAAUUUUGAAUGUCCUAAGGCAGUAGCUGAUUACACAUGUAACAUGGGUGGUGUUGAUCAUGCUGAUCAAUACAUUCAGUACUAUUGCUACAACCAUAAAACCUACAAGUGGAGCAAAAGAGUUUUCUUUGUGCUCAUGGAAAUGGCUAAAUUUAAUGCCUUCAAACUGUUUCUCAUGAGUCCCAACCACCAAACAAAUCUGACAUUCCUGGACUUUUCCAUUUCUGUAGCCAAGGGGUUGGUUAAUGGUUAUAUUUCUGAGACCCGUAGAGGAAGACCAUCACUUAUGCCUGUUGAGAACCGUCUUGUUCAACGUCACAUGCCGGCCUCCUUUGAUAAAAAAUCUAAGUGCCAUCUCUGUUACAUGAGAAACCGAAAUAAUCGCCAGGUUCCUAUUAAGCAGACUAAGUUUGGAUGUUUGGAAUGUGUUAAACACCUGUGUCUGCCUGAGUGUUUCUCAAAAUACCACACAGAGAGGAACUGCUAUAAUUGAGAGCAGUAUAUUUGUUGUUCUGUUUUUUGAAGUUUGUUCCGAAAUUAUGACAAUAGUUGACAGUUUUAUUGUUAAACUUUUUUAGAAAAUGGAUGGAAAAAAACAUUAAAUACAUUGACAUUUUUUUAUAAAUGAACUUUUGUGAAGGACAGUAGCUGUUUACUCAGGCAGACAAGGUCUCAGAUGUAAUUGAAAACCAGACUGAAAAUUGUGUAAGUCUUUGUUUAAUGUUGAUAUUAAACACUUUUUAAGGAGUCUAAAAUGUUAGAAAAUUAUUUUUUAUGACUCAAGCUGAAUGUUAGUAUGCUUAUAUAAGGGUAAAAGAAAGACAACUCCAGCGUUGCAAAUGGGAAUUCAAAAUAACAGAUGGUGUUGUCUCCCUUCAAUCAGCCUUGUUGUGUACAAAAUGGCGGUCAUUCACCUUCGUGACCGUCGGACGAUUUUCAAUCACAUUUUUGAAAAAACAACUCGAACAAAAUUUACUUUGUGACGAAUUUUUUCA